AACCAGGAAGUGCAUCUUUCUUUCAUCAUCAUCAUCAGCAGCAGCAGAAACUGCGACGUUCUGACCAAAUGAAGAGUUAAUAUCUUCCUCCUGAUGAAGACUAUGGUUUAGUGCCUAAUUAUUCUGUGACAGUGGUGCUGUGGUGGUGUCGUCAUGAGCGGAUUAUGAAACGGCAGCCUCUGCUGUUCCUAUUGUUGUUGUUGUUUUUGUGUUGACAGUCGUGCUCGCGCACACCAAGGCUAACGUAGAGCUAAUAACCGUCAUUCCUCGGGGCUGCCGAUUGCAAGGGUUUAGCCAGUAUGUCAAAGGAGGCAGAUCACCAUGAGGGCGGAGGAGACGAGGAGUCAAAGGAGGAAAGGGACCAGGAUGGUUCUGAGGAGACGAUGAUGAGAAGAGUCCGGGCAAAUACUCCACAAGCCAGUCCUCCCAAGUUCGUCUCUGUGGAGGAGCUCCUGGAAACCGCCAAGAACGUCACCAACAUGGCUUUGGCUCAUGAAAUAAUAGUCAACCAGGGUUUUCAAAUCAAACCUGCAGAACUUUCUGAAGGAAGUUUGGAGCACAGAGUGAAAGAGAUCAUGCACAAAGCAUUCUGGGACUGUUUGGAUGCACAGUUGAAGGAGGAUCCACCGUCAUACGAACAUGCUAUCAAACUUCUCGCUGAGAUCAAGGAGACUCUGCUGUCUUUCUUGCGCCCGGGCCACGGCCGCCUGCGCUGCCGCAUCGAAGAGGUCCUGGACCUGCCUCUAAUCCAGCAGCAGGCUGAGAACAGAGCUCUUGACAUUGGUCAACUUUCCCAGUUCAUUGUUGGGAUGAUGGGCUCGCUGUGCGCCCCCAGCAGAGACAGGGACAUCAACAAGCUAAAAGAGAUCACAGAUAUUGUGCCGCUGUUCAAAGCAAUAUUCUCACUUCUAGACCUGAUGAAGAUGGACAUGGCUAACUUUACCCUGAAGAGCAUCAGGCCUCAUUUGAUGCAACAGUCUGUUGAGUAUGAGAGGAGCAAAUUCCAGGGGUUUGUGGAAAAACAACCAAAUGCAUUAGACUACACUGAGAAGUGGCUCGAGGACACAGUGAAACACCUGAGAGAGUCUGGCCAGGAUGGUUUGAGUGCUGCCUCAUCUAACCCUCCAUCUCUCCUCCUUCAUAAUGUCCAUAAUCAUGCCUAUCUACGCCUGCUGAAGUGGGACCAAGCCUCAGACCCGUUCCCAGAGACAAUGCUGAUGGAUAAAGCUCGGUUCCAGGAGAUGCAACAGGAGGUCGAUCGGUUAGUCCUGCUCUCCUCUGUGCUUCUCAUAGUCUACACUACAGCUGGGGAGGCCAUCUCAGGCCUGCCCGGGUUGAUGGACACACUGAAGAACACCGUCAACGUCAUGCUUACCGAUAUGCAUGCACCGUCUUUCAAUGCGCAGGAGGCCUUGGCCACCAUUGGAGAGAAGCUGUGUGUUGAACUAAGUCAGUGCCUCAGCCAACAUGGCUACUCCCCAUUCUCCCCUGACAGAAAGGACAUUCUGAAGGGUCAGAUCUCCGCCACCGUCCAGUCAGACAACACAGUCCGCAGGCUGAUGGACUCUCGGGUUCAGACGUACCUCCUGUCUUUCCUGGAAUCCAGUCAACCUAAGACCCCUCCUGCUCUCCCGGGAGGUUUGGCUCCGAUCAGCAGAGAGCUGAAGGAGCUCGCCGAUCUCUUCACCGGCCUCGUUAACUACAACAAGCUCGUCUACUCCCAAUUCUACCAAAAAAUUCUCCAGAACAUACUGACAGCAGGGGGGAUGUCCAGCACAGAGACGUAAACAUGACAUCAUGAUGUGGAAAUUUUGUCUGCAUCCCCCCCCCCCCCCCCCUAGUAACUGCCCAUCAUCUCAGUCACAUUAACUCACAGUGUUGCUUAUUAUUGAUUCUCAGCCUAAAUUGUGACCUCACAAUACUUAUCCUGUAUUUAAAAAAUGUGUAAAAGCCUUUGUACAGAAAUAGAUCACUGUUUUACCAUGCCCGGUCUUCAUUCUAAGCUGAGCUAACUCCCCCCAAGUUGUAGCUUUGUAUUUACACAUCACAUCAAGAGUGUUAUUGACCUUUUCAAUCAAUCCUCCAAAAAUAAGAAUUAAGCACAUGUUAAGUGUAGUUCCACCUCAUACCACAGAGUAGCAGUAAGACCUGGGAAAACUAUGUUUAUGUGAAGAAGCUGAUCAGUAAGAAACCAGUAUAGAGUGGGUCAGUGAUAGAGCGGGUUUGUCUUUCGACCAAAAGGUUGUGGGUUUGAUUCCUGUAUACCUGACACCUCCAAAGCCUGCUGUGCCAGCACUGACAAAUGGAUAUAAUAGAUAUUAUAUAUUAUAUAUUAUAGAUGUAGUAUAGAAAAACUGCAUUUACUCACCAACAAACAGCCUAAUUUCACAAGCAGAGAGGAUCACUUCUUUGUGGAUUUCUGGCUCCUGGUUGGAUAAAGUGCUGUAGGUUUCUAAUCAGUCUGCAAACACAGAAUGUAGAGUUAUUUACACACAUUUUAACUUUUACAGCAGCUUUAACAGGUCUUUAACAGCUUAAAAGCCUGGUGACAUUUUGCAUAGAUGUUGAAAUCUUCUCUGAGGGUCGGAAUAUUUGUACUGGAUCAUGGGGGCAAUGAAAGAUGUGCUGUGCAGCAGGGGGCCAAUACCACACAGUAUACAGAGCUGGUCUGAAAAAAAAAAUAAAACGAGCAUGGAACUCUUUUUUUUUAGUAAAUUGUCACACAGAAAAGGGAAGAUAAAGGUUGUGAAUAAAUUCAACUGAACAACUUUAAUUUUUUUUUUUUUUUUUAACCCUUCACUUAUGUUUGACACUUCGAUUGUUUUUACCACAUUUAGAAUAUUUAUUUCUGACAAACACAUUGCUUUGCCUCUUGGUCUUGACAUUUCCAAUGCAAAUUUUUAACUUGAACCACAAUUAUGGUUGCUGUCAUAUUUUUUCAUCACUCUAGAUAGGUGGACAUUUUUUUGUGAAAAUGAAAAACCAGUGCUCAUUUACGACACAUUAUUAACUGUUCUCCAUAUUUGUGACAAGUCUUCAUCAAACAUGUCAAUAAAGCAUUGUUAGUCCUAAACACAA